GCGCUCAGACAACAAAAAUUAGACAAAGCAAAAUAAGACAUGUGUAUAGGUGUUUGUUAUUGAAUAUAUUAACUUACCCACAUAAGUGUGUCUAUACAUACGUAUAGAUCAACUCAUUUCUAUAUAAUAUUAUAUUUGAAUUUUGCUCACUUCUUAAAUUUGCAUAUUAUCCAAGCUAAUUGUCUAGCAUUUAUGCGAACGGUAUUAUUAAUGUAGUUUCUUUAAUGUUAUUUUUUGUACCUUACUACACUUACGGAUAAGUUAUAUUACGAAAGUAAAGAAGUUAUGAACAUAAUAUCGGAUUGCGAGAUGUUCAAAACGAUGGAUUUUGGGUAGUUAUAAGAAAGAUGAUUUUAUGUGUUUCAUGAAAGGGAAAUACAAUAAGUGCAAACUUAUUUAAGCACAACUAUAACAAGGAUCUGAAAAUCAACAAGCGUCCGAUGAUUUUUUAAAUUAUCGUUCCUGAUACAAUAGAUAACUAAACGAGUCAACAAAAGCACGGAGAAUGUAUGAGCUACAGAACAACGAAAGAACUCUAGAAUUUAUACACAUAAAUUUCUAUCCUCUGAGUUAGGCUAAAAAGUAGUUUUUGUACAGAUAUCUAACAACAUUAUACACGAUUAACUAUAGAAACUAGUAAGUUGUUUAUUAAGCAUGUGAAGCAGCCUUCUCAAUCAAUUUUGAAACAAAAAAUGUAAUGGCAGCUAUUUGCUUUGAUAAGGUAUUAAGCUCCGCAAGAUCGACAAAAAAAGUGACGCUAGCCGCAUCUGCGAUAGCGCAUAACGGUGGUGAUGAUACUCGUGACGGUGCUUGCUUGUGCGAAACCUCUUUUUUAGACCCGGAAAACAGUUUACAUAUAAGUGUAAGAAAUAACGAUCUUACGGAAGAAGGGAUGGACUCCUUGAAUACCUUGGCAGCCAAUAGAAUGCCAAGUAUCUGUGAAAAAAGAGUCAACCAAAAAUUUUUUGAACGUAAACGAAGACGUUUGCCAAUACAAAAAGUAGGGAUGGAAGGAGAUCGUGAGAAGACUCUUGGUUCAGUGUCUUUCCAACGUCAAAUCCAAAAUAAAUCUCACGGAUAUGUAGCUACAAAUUGCUGCGCGGAGGCAAAGCGUUUGAGGACCAACUCAAGGGUGCGUAAGAUUUUAAGAUCUAGCUCCGUCUAUAUUAUAAAUCAGGAAAAAAAAGGCGAAUCAACCAAAAAGAAGGUCGAAUUGGAGAGGCUAACAAAUAAACAAUCAAAGCAAAAUAAUGAAAAUACAAAAAAAUCCAAAUCGCUAAAUGUAGGUCAAAGCAGCGUAAAUAUAAAAAUUGACGAACAAUUUUUAGAAAACCGUAAAGAUUCAAAACUAUUUUGGGAACACGGUCAAGUAGAUUUAGACGGUCAAAAGCAGCGGGCUUAUAACAAUCAGGAGUUGCAAAAAUUAAAUUCAACUUCAAUAGUGCAUUGGAAAAGCGAGGAGAUGGUUUCAAAAAAUAACAUACAAAAAGAAACAAAUUUUAUUAAAACUGUAACAUGUGAUUGCAGUGAAAAGUCUCUUGCAAAGAGUCCUAAUAAUGUUUGGGUAUGCAGUUCGCACUGCGAAAAAGCUUCUUUGAAGUCUUCUGCCAAAACCACUGAAAUAUUUUUGCAAGCCACACCAUACACUGAUAAAAAGGCAACUAAUGAAUCCAACGAAGAAGAUAUAGUUUUAAGUCACAAUAAUAAUGUGAGCAGUACGCCUGAACAAAGCCAUCAAUUCCAGGAAUUUGAUUUAUUACGAAAAAACAGCGAAAUAUUUUCAACGUCGAAGCUUACUAAAACGGGAACCCGCGCUAAUUUAGAUGAUUUAAGUGACUCGAGUAAUAGCAGUAGUACGUCUACCAGCAGUAGUAGCCUAACCUCCGAUAUAAGCAGAACUUCUACUAGUAAAACUAGUGAAGACAAUGGAAAUUAUCGCAACGGUUGUAAACUUGGAUCAAAAUUCUCUACCGACAUAACAAAUAAUCAAGUAACUGAUAAAAGAACACAUGAAAUCUAUAACUCCGAUACUGAGAUUGAAAAAGAAGAUGACAGACAUAAUAAUGUUGAAGAAGAUUUGAAAACAUCUGCUAAACCCACUAAUCUCUACAAUGAAAAAAUACCUCAAAAAUAUCAAUCGCCUGAAUUAUAUUCUGGCAACCGCAAUAAUAGUAAUAUUAUAGCAGGUGCAAAUGUAAAUAUAAAUGCGAACAACGAGAAUGACGGAAAAUCAUCAAAAAUAGUGUCGUUAAAUGUUAUUGCUGAUGGUGACAAGGAGCAACAUCAAUCGAUUGCCGCUGCUAUAGAGAGUCAGUAUGAGACCAUGGAAAGGUUUGAUUUGUACAAACCUAACUUGGGCUCUGAUCACGGCACACAAAACGAUGUGACUUCCACCGCAACGGAGUCUUAUUUACCUUCGCAAAAUUUAACACAGAGACAAACAGAACUAGCAACAGUAAAGAAUGAUCCGACUAAUAUGUUAACAGAAAACCAACUUUCGAAGCCACAAAAUGAUAGCUCUAUAUACAAAAAUUUUCACUCAUUCAUUCAUGUAAAAACCUGUUAUGAUGGACAAAGUCAAAUGGAUUUUUGUUAUAAGAAACUAGAAAAACAUAAUAGUUCUGCCGAGGAAUUGCAAAAAUAUUUAAGAUGCAGUGCUACCACUAGCAGAGAUCUUGAUAGUUUUAGCCUUAACCAAAUAGAUGUCGGCACCGAUAAAACUGAAUGUCGACAACAAUAUGAUAAAGCCAUAUUAAGCACUGCGAAUGAGAUAUGUGCAGAAGUUGACCAACAUCAGCAGCAAAAUUAUCAACAUCAUGACCAAAGUAAAUCGUAUAGCGCAAUAUCACAAAUUCAACCCAAAGGACAACAAGAACGGCACCACAAUGAAGUACACUUGAAUUUCCAUCGACACCAACAACAUCGCAGAAUGCCACAACAAUCUUCACCGGGCCAUUUGUUUCAUUUACAAGAGCAUCAACGACCCAACGAUCAUGAACUAGAUAACGAAAUACACCAUCAGAUGUUGCUGCAAAUCCAGCAACAACAACAACAACCUAUGCAAAACCUUCACACCUCGCUAAACGUAACAUCAAGUCAACAGAAUGCUCACAUAAUCGGAUUUUUACAUCCUAAUCACAACGUUGAAAGAAGCCCAUUGCAAGCGCAUCAACAAAUGCAAGAUGUUUAUCAAGAUCUUAUGAUGAACGAUGAAUAUAAUGAAGAUCCUAAUAUUCGCUAUAAAUUAAGUCUUUCACCGACAAAUGCCAAGCCAGAGAAUCAAGAUGAUGGUUACGAAACAAGCGCUGGUGAUGUUCUUACUCCAAAUUCUCAUGUUUCGUCGACACAUUCGGUGACACCGCAGCAUCACAUGCAGCACGGUACUAUGACUUUAUUACCACCGGCUGCUAACUGUGAUGAACAACGACACGUUCAUCACAUCCAGAUCCAACGUCAGCAAUCGAAUGUUGAUUCUCAGUUGAAUAAUAAUCUUGGUGCUGAUUUGACAAGCGGAGAUACAAGCGUAAAUAUGCCACCAAGUGAACCGUCCUACCAUUUCGUAGAUGAUGAGCUGACUGUUAAUGAAACAAUCCGCGGCAUAUUAACGCCGCCUCCCCAAACUCAUAAUUCGUUAGCAGGAUGUAAAUCUCAAGAUAGUCACUCCAGUUACAUGAAUUUGAACAAUAAUCCUGCGCGUAACACACCUCACGCUGAUCUAUUUGGUAUACAACAAGCACCAGAAUCCAUGCGCAGCUCCAGCGAUGCUGUAUCCACUCAGAAACAUCCACAAACUUGUUUUGAACUGCAAUGUCCUAACAAAUGUCAUAAUAAGUCUCAGCAAAAUCAUGUAAUAUUUCCAGAGAGUUCAGGUUGUGCUGAAGUAAGCGCGUUUUGCAACAUAGCAACACCCAUACAAAAGAGAAGAGGACGUAAGAAAAAACUAACCUUUAUUGGAGGUACAACAUCUCUGGAAAACUGUACUUCCCACAAUCUAGAUGCAGGAUGCCAUACUGAACAAUUAGGAAAAGCUAAAGAGAGAAAAAAGCAUGAUCGUUUUAAUGGAAUGUCGGAAGAAGAAGUUGUUAAACGCACCUUGCCAGACCAUUUGUGUGAUAAUUUAGAUAUUGUAAUAAUUGGCAUCAAUCCCGGCUUGUUUGCUGCUUACAAAGGCCAUCAUUACGCUGGUCCAGGAAAUCAUUUUUGGAAAUGCUUAUAUUUGUCUGGCUUAACUCAAGAACAAAUGAGCGCAGAUGAGGAUUAUAAGUUAAUAAAAUGUGGCAUCGGAUUUACAAAUAUGGUUCAACGAGCUACAAAAGGUUCUGCAGAUCUUAAUAGAAAAGAAAUUAAAGAAGGUAGUCGGAUUUUGCUGGAAAAAUUACAACAAUUUCGCCCAAAAAUUGCCGUGUUUAACGGCAAAUUGAUUUUCGAGGUGUUUUCCGGGAAAAAAGAUUUUAACUUUGGACGUCAACCCGAGUACGUAGAAGGGACUGAUACGUUUAUGUGGGUUAUGCCUUCAUCAUCAGCGCGUUGUGCUCAGUUACCCCGUGCUGCAGAUAAAGUUCCAUUUUACACUGCACUGAAAAAAUUCAGAGAUUAUUUAAAUGGUUUAAUAUCGCACAUAGAUGAAUCCGAAUGCGUUUUUACAGAAGAACGCAUUAGAGAGCAAUGCGAACAAGAAAGUUUGAAAACUUUUGUCAUUCAUGACAGUUCACAACAACAACAAUCCAGAUGUUAUUCGGCUGCUGGAAAUAUUGGUCCAAAUAAUAGCAAUCAGUCUCAAAAUUCAUCUGCCAUCGCAGAUAGCUAUAUUUAUGAUUCCGAAGCUAAUCGCAACCAGACUGAAGGUCAGGUACCUUCACUCAAUGAAAAUGGUUUUAUGAUAUCUUCUUCAUCGUUCUUAGGUCAAAAAAUACCUGAAAAAAAGAAGCGUGGUCGUCCUAAAAAAAUUAGAAAUCAAAUUAUAAUUGACCCGGUAACCGGUACAAAGAUUCAAGUAACUAAUCGUUUAACAGGAGAAGAAUAUAAUAACAUUCUUAAUCUUUCAAUGGUUCCGAGCAUGGAAGGUGAUAUUCCGAAAAAAAAGCGAGGACGUCCGAAAAAAGUUAAGCAACCUCAACCUUUUUUAAACACAAAUUCACAUCCCUCUAAAUUAACCCAGAAAGCUAAUAUAAUGUCCGUGAAAACUUUAUCUGUGCCUAAUGGGGAUUUGGAGUUACCACCACAAAAGCAUAUGCUUCACGGUGAAAGUACGGCGAUGUAUGCUACAUCACCUCAUCAGAUGAUGUAUUCGAAUUCAGGUUCGCCUACGGCGUUGUCCGCAAUAAGUUGUUCAUACACGAAAAAAACUCCACCGAUAUUAGCAACAAGUAACCCAAAUUGCGAGAAACAUACCAACGUUGGUGAAACGGAGGUUAUCGGCGCACCGGUGGACACAGAUACGCCUAGUUUAGUGAUCCAACUUAUGCCAAGUGCUGCAGAUAGCAAUGAUCCUCACAUGAAUCAAUCACCAAGAGAAAAUUCGCCGAAUUUACAAGGGCAAGUGGAAACGUCUGCGAGCAUAGUUAGCAGUGCGCAGGUUCUUGAUCUUGAAGACGAGGAAAUUAUUUCAUUGCGACACAGGCAGGAAGUGCCAAAUUCACGUUACGGCAGCCCUGGUCAAAGAGAACGAGCUGAACAUGCUAGUGGUGAACCUUUUCAUCAAUGGCUUUCUCCUCAACUUUCACAUACACAUUCACCCACUGCAGGUUUCACGCAAAGUUUGCAACCACAAAUACGUUGUCCGUCUCCGUUAUCACACAAUCAGCAGCCAGGCCUUCACUAUCAUGAACAACAGGUGCAGCACAUUCAAAUGCAGCAAAAUCAUCAGCAACAAGUGCUUCCGCAGUGGUCUCGCCAUAAUCAACAUUAUGAUGAUGUCAGCGGUACACUUUACAUAGUGUCCCCACGUCAAGAGAGGAGUCAUCACAUUGCUGAACAGCACCAAAAUAAUGUGACAUCACCGUUCAUUACAGCUGACGUAUCCCGUAAAAGUCUUUCAGGAUUGGAAUCCCUAGUCGACCAGAUUCCAACGAUUUCUGAAAAUGAAUCUGCAACUUUGGCAGCAUCGACGCCCACUAUUCACGCUCACAGCCUGCAGGGGCAAUCACAGCAACAAACUUCCUUCACGGAAGCUCAAACUAAUCCUUUUGGAUCACCUUCGAUUAGUAACCCAAGUGUUUUAAAUGAUAACGUAAAUAAUCAACAUUCAAAUCUAAGCUCUCAAAGUGUAAACGGCAAUUUCUCUGUAAGCAGUUUAGUUACGUCUUUGCCGACAUCAGAUGCUAACCUAGCUAACCGAGAAAACUAUACACCAAUUCAAACUCCUCGACCACCUAGUGCCAGAAAUACCUACCACCAUUCUAACUUCAUGGCAGCUGCGGUUUUGGCGGCUGCCGCUGCUAGCUCUCCGACGAACCUUUCAACUUCUACUUCCCAUCAUGCCCCUCAUCCUCAAAUGUACAUGGAUCCGCAAACCCGAUUAGCCGCUGUUGACUCUAUUUAUUCCACUGCUCACCAUCACCACCCCAUUCAUCAUCAUCAUCACCCAUCAAGCCAUCAUCACCCGGCAACUCAUUACAGUUCUUCCCAACAUGCUGUCGACUACGAUGGUAAUCCUUACAGUACUCAAACUAAUGCUCACACGUUGCACAUGCCUAGUCCUAACUACCCGUAUAGUUACUCUACGUCUGCAGCUCAAAGCAAUUAUCCCACAUAUGGUCAUCCCCACGCUGCUCACCACGGUCAUCCGCAUGCACACCCACACUCCCACGCUACACACCAUUUAUCUAUGUUUGAUCGUUUCAAACCCUCCGAUAUAGGAGGUUAUGGAGGUUUCUGAUGGUGAUUUACAGAUGUAAGUAUGUAACCAGUAGAAGGCGAUAAAGAUGGUAGAUUCAACCAAAGAAAAACACAUGUUAAGAAUUUAUCCUGUAACUUCUAUGGAAAGAACUUCAACGAUUUAAACAUAAAAGUCGAUAUGUAAAUAUAUAUAUAAAAUACAUGAUUACAAUUUUAUGUGGAUGGGUGUACAUAAAUAAUGUUCAAUAAUCAAAUUGUUAUUUAAUCCGCACUUUAUUAGAUAUUGAGCCUAAAAAAUCGCUUAAGCCAAACAUUUCAGUUAUGCAAUUAUUUCUGUGACUUAAAUUUUAAAUCUAGGAAAACUAUUAUUUAAACGAAACUAUCUUGUUACUCAAAACUUUUAUUGUGUACAAACAACAUACAUAUACAAUUGUAGUAAUCUACUUGCAAAAUUUAGAAAGAUUUAGUUCACGUUAAGUUAAAUUUCAAAGAAUUAGUAACAAAUACAUUAUCAGUAACGAUCGAUCAUUUUUUA